UUGCCAAGGAGUGCUUCUUCUCAGCUUCUCCCCUGUUUUCACAGUCAACGCUCUCUCGAGAAUCCAAAUCGCUUUUCUCAUUUCACGAUCCAAAGUUUCCGAAUUGCUUUCUGGGUUUUUCUCUUCAGCACUCAAUCUGAAAUGGGUCGUAGACCAAACGACCCGGAACACUCCCGUUUCGCCUCUCUCGUCCUCCUUUUGGUAUCUCUGUUCUCCUGUCUUCUGGUCUAUGCAGUCGUUUCUACACUAUUGAAUCCCACCGUAAAUUCUGAGGAUUCCAACUUUGAGUCUUUGGAAUCGGCUGGCAGUAUUGAUUUUGGGGGAAAGAAGGGUGAGUGUUGCAGAGGCAUUGAGAAUUUGGAGCUGUGGGGUGCAGCUGUGAAGUGGGGCUCCGACUUCAAGUUUAAUUCUUCCGUGGAAUGUUGCCAGGCUUGUAAGGCCAUGUGUACUGGAAAUGAUGGGCCUUGCUUGUGCGAUACUUGGGUUUUCUGUGGGAACAAGGAGGCUUGCGGGUCGAGAUUUGGAGAGUGUUGGUUGAAGAAACAAAAGGAUACUUUGUCUCCUGAUAGGCAAGAGGCAGGGAAAUCGGUCAGUUGGACGUCUGGGAUCAUUUUCGGCAAAGGAGAGGGCGUUGUUGAGAUGGAAACAGAGUAUGGUACUCUUCAUAUAAAACUUUUCCCGGACUGUGCUCCACAUUCUGUGACCUACAUUCUUGAGUUGUUGAAUUUGCGCCAUUGUGCGGGUUGUCAAAUAUAUCGCGCAGAAAGCCGAGGACAGUCUUGGGAUAGACAAGGAAAUCACAUAAAAGAUGCUCCUUACGGCCCUCCAUUUGCACUGAUUCAAGGAACUCUUGAAGCUUUAGGAACCCCAUUCAAAAAGAUUCCAGCAGAGGCUUGCCCUACCAUAAGAAGGGGAUCAGUUGCCUGGGUUGGCUCUGGUCCAGAGUUCUUUAUAAGCCUAGCGAACCACGAAGAAUGGAAGAACUCGUAUACCGUAUUCGGUUCCGUUCUUCCGGAAGACAUGGAGAUUGCGGAGAAAAUCGCUCAACUUCCUGCGAAAUCCGAUAUUUGGAACAACAUUAACGUGUCUGUGUUGCAAAAGCCUGUUCCCUUGGUUAUGCGAAGAAUGAAGAAGAGUCUUGGAGAUGUUGACACAAAUGUGAAAUCAGAGUGAAGACUGGGAUACACUUGUAUUUUCUUGUUCCUACACUAUAAUAUUUAUUAUUCAUAUUUGCCUUUUCUUGCCUCCUUCAAACAGUAACAUGAAGGCGCUGGCCAUUUUGUUGUUCUUGAUAAUUAAGCUAAGUUUGCAUUAAGAAUAGGGGGGGGGGGGAGUAAAACUUGGAUCGUCUUCUUUCAAUGGUUAUGGCUAUGUAUAGUGUUUAAAUAUGCCCUACUUUUGUUAUAUUUUUUUAAUAAUCCGGCGUGAUUACAAUGUAUUAUAUGUUUUUUUACUAA